UGAUGAAAAUAUAAAAUUUGUUACUUUCUGAUUUUAUUCUUUAAACAGAAAAAUAUCUGCUCUUAUAAAGAUAUCUGUUAAAAAAACGAACACAUUGGAAGUAUAUAUAUGCCGAUGUAUGUAUCAAAAAUACAAUCAAAGAAACCGAAUUGUACAAAAUAAAAUAAAAUAAAAUAAAUUAGAAUUUAAAUUCUAUAAUAGAGGAAUAAUUGGGGAAUAGAGGAAUGACAGAGGAAUAAGAGAGGAAUUGAGGAAUAGGGGAACAGCGGAAUAGAGGAAUAGCGACCGCCCGACCGGAAUACAUUUUGAAACGUUCCCUUAGUUAAAAACAUUUUGAUCUAAUACAAAUAAAAUUGUAAUAUAUAUGUGGGCGUCCAUACUCCGAUUCAGGCCAAACUGAGAUUGGACUAGGUCAAUCUGAGAUUGGACUACUCACUUUCCCGUCCAAUUCUGGAUUGGCCUAGUCCAAUCUCAGUUUGGACGCUGACAUAUAUUUGAGACGUAGAUUUUAUUGAAAUUAAUUGAAUUCAUUAAACAUGGAUUUUGAGACAGUACGUGAUUCAAAUUGCGCAAUGGUCGUGUGGUAUAUAUUUAUGAUAUACAUUAUAAGAACAGUGCGAUAGUCUCUGUACGAAUAUACUAUACCGUAAUUUGAAAUUAUUUUCUAUUUUACAGAAAAUCGAUCUGAAAAAUUGUCAAGGAUUUUCCAACUUUUAUAAAAUCCUCAGGGAUAUUCUGGCUGUUUAGAAAAUGUUGAUUUCUACUUUUGAUGAAUUAACUUUUCUCAUUUGCCAGAAAAUCGAUAAGGAAUUUCUAAAAAGUUGAAAAAUCGACAGCGAUUUUUUCUAAAUAAUUUCCAACAAUGUAGAAAAUCGAUGUCGAUUUUCCACAUUAUUGGAAAUUCAAUUGUCUAUAAUCUGGAAAAUCCGUGAGUAUUUCAUAUAUGAACGGUUUGAAAAUCGCCGAGCAUUUUCUAUAAAUAAUUCCGGACUUUGCAGUGUAUAUAUUUUAGCUUAUAUUCUGUUCAGAAAAGCUUUUCUAAAAAAAUAGACCAAUUAUUUUAUGUACAAACUUAUAAGACUUGUAUAGUGUUUGUUUGACAACAAAAACUUUCUCGUAUUUGUUCUGCUGAUAAGAACGAUUUUUAAUUGGUAGUUGUAUUGAACUUCCUAGUGGAUGUACUUGAACUAUUCAAGCUAGGUAUCCUGCUACAAGAAUGUCAUAGAUGCUGGCAAGUAAAAUAUUACUGAGCAAGUAUUUAAACGACCAGUGAUCGGUACAGAUAAAAACGCACGUCAUUCUUGCAAACAUACGUUUUUCUUUUAUAUAUGUCUGAACGUGAAACAAAAAACGCUGAACGGAAAAAAAUCUGGUACCUAUGCUGCGUACACUCAUAAAGUACACCUAUACGUACCUAUAGAGUACACUCUGAAAAAAACGUGUUCUUCGUGUUUUCCAAGAACGAACUGAAGAUCUCAUUUAAGUUAGGAUAUGGAUUAUAUAAUUUUCUCUACUUGUGCAGGUUUCCAGUUGAUAGUAUUAGUAGACCACUAUUUGGGACAAAUGAAAAACACAGUUUCAGUUUUCUGAAGAAGUCUUCUUUUUUAGAGUGUAUAUUUGAACAAACUAUAAGUUAAAAUAUAUAUAGCAUAUUCGGAUAGAUCAUACCUGGCUACAUCUCACUUAAUCUCCAAUAGUCGAUGAUUAUCUCGAUUUGAAAAGCUGACUUAGCUACAAAAUUUUAUUAGGGCUGAAUCAGAGUCGAAAUCAGCUUUGAAAAAAACUGAAUCACUUUCUACAAAAAGUUUGUUUUCUUCUCUCUUGCGUCUUACUGAUUCGGAAUUGAAUAUCCUUGUAACUGAAUAUGAGAACUGAAUACUGACUGUAUAAUUUAAGAACCGUUAUUGUUAUGAGUAGGAAGAUAUUGCUGUUGUUAUCAAGCGCACUCCCUAAGUCCUCAGCAUUAUAUAACCACUUAAGUCAGCUCUGAAAGUAUUGAUAAAGAUAUUCAGUUCUGCAUCAGUAAGACCCAAGAGAGAAGAAAACAAACUUUCUGUGGAAAGUAAUUCAAAUUUUUUCAAAGCUGAUUUCGACUCUGAUUCUGUCGUAAUAAAAUUCCAUAGUUGAUUCAGCUUUUCAAAUCGAGAUGAUCAUCGACUAGCAUCUCUUUGGAAGAAGAAAACUGGAUGUCAUUGUAGAGAAUCGAACUGGUCUUUAUGAUUUUUCUCAAUAUUGUAUGUCUUCUAAAUACAUACUCAGAAGUAUUCUGAGCGUCUAGUAGAUACAGUCUUAUCCUAAAUUUGUCAUAGAAACUGAAAUGAAAUAUUUUUCUAUAUAAAUUCGGGGAAACAAAGCAUAUUAUAUCUAAAAUUGAAGAGAAAUUUGAUUCUUACAAACAAUAAAAAACGCACAGUUGUAUAACCAAAAUAAAGUGUGUAAAAGCAACUAUUUGCGGUCGAAUAUGCGAUAAUUUAACCUCUUAACUAAAAACAAAAUCUUGUAAUAAUCUCGUAUAGAAAGAAGCAAAUAUCAAGAAUUUACUUUUUUUUCAUGUUCUUAGGGUGUGAUGUUACAAGUUAUAAAAUUAAAAAAUGAUUUAAUAACUGAAAAAGCAUGUAGUUCAUUUUAAUCUUCCAUAUAACUGAUAAAUAUGAAUGAAGUUGAGAAAAAGCGUGUUAGUUAAGUGGUGCUUAAACAUAGACUGAGAAAUUUUUAUGUUCAAGAGUUUUUCUCCUCAUUUUACUUUUUUUGAACAUUAAUGUGGUCAGUCUUUUUGUGAGAGCGUAUCAGCGAAGUUCGACGAAUGAUUUUUCUAUAAACUAGGCAAGGACUUUAUAUCUGAUACAGUACUUCACAGAAGUCUCCCUCGCCUGGAUCUCACUAACCAUGCCAGCUAGCCAGGUCAAAUUCUAUAUUGAUGCGCAAGUCUCUUUUCUCAUGAAUCAAACAUGUUAUGAUAACAUUUAACGAAAAGAAAUUUUAAACCGUCGAAUCUCAUGAAGAAAACAGGAAAAGCGCCCUAUACUGACUGGUAGGGUAAUCAUUUUGUGAAGUACCGUAAUAAAAAUUUGAUUCUUGGAUAUAAUUUCUUGGAUCGUUUAUUAGAAAUUCUUCUAACUUAGUUGUUAUCUCAUAUGGAUCACUAAGAUCCACUAACUUAGAUUGUAUUCUUAUUAUUUCAUUUUCUUGUUUUAUUUGUUUUAGGCUAUUCUCCUUAUUCGGCGAUAGGUGAAGGCGAUAAUGUUAGUUCCGUAUUUUUUGAUGAGAUUAUACCGCAACGUAUAACCGUCCAAGAAUUAUCAACACCAGAAACAAUCAAACUUGAUCUAUUAAUUCAAACGAAAAAUUUGAGUGAAAAAAUGCGGUCAUUUUUAACAUUGAUGGACGCCAAUCAGCUCAGUAUAACGGAACAAAAACAACUCUAUGAAAGUAUAAAACAAGAUUAUGAAAAUUUGUUAAAAGCAUUGAAUAAUGCAAAACGUUCUGAUGAAAUACGCCGGUCAACUAGUGAGAGUGAUUCACAAAAUAUUGAUCUUGAUACAAACUUAGAUACGGAACUAGAAACAAUGAAGCAGUUAUUGAAGGAAAUAGUUAAACGAAUAACGGAAAAUUUACUAGGAAAAACAGGUAAUGGAUCGGAAGGUGGCAUUGGUUUAUCUGCGAUAGGGAGUCAGUCGAGUGAAAUAUCAACACGUUCAUCGUUGAUCAAUCAUGAUGAACUAAUGGAUCAAUAUCAAAAAUUAUUAACUGCUGUUAACGCAUCUGAUCGUAAAGAAGAAAUGAAAAGUUUGUUGAAUGGAUUAGAUAAUGUAUCAGGAAAAUUACGAAAAGCGUACGUUAUUAAAAAUAUACGCAUAUCUCUCGGUUCAAAAUAUUGGACUGUUGUUUUUGUUUCUAGAAUGUCACAAAGUUCAUACAAUUCACCAAGAUCCGACGUUUCGCGUACGAAAAAAGACAAUGAUCAAACACAUAAACCUUACGUUUACACUUCUGGAAAUUCUGACGAUGAACAGUGUAGUACACCCGAACAAUUUGAAACAUUAAAACGUAUGGAAACGGCAUCUUUUGGAUUAGAAAGUAUUGAUUUACAGCGUAAUGGAAGUCGUGUUGAACGUAUAAAUCAAGUCGAUGAGCAACGUUCACGUCCACGUACAAGUAAACAUGAAUUAAUGGAUACACAGACGCCAAAGAACAGACGGCAUAGAAAACCGAUGGAUGAUGAGCAAAACACCAUUCUUUAUGAUAAUAAGAAACCAGAAUACAAAGACGAAGAAGAACAACACAACAGUUUAGAUGAUUCAUCACGUACUCGAAGAAAGUCAGUUAGACAUACGCCGAUCGGAGGAUCCUACAAUCGCGAGGAAAGGAAUACGAAGUCAAAUAACCAACACAAUCAAAAGGUGAACAAACAUGAAGUGAAUAAAAGUAGUGCAUCACCAACAAUUUCGAAAUGGCGUGGAACGCGUACAAGUGAUCAUGAUAGUGGUAUUGGAAGUUUUGCCAAUACAACAAAAUUGAGUAGAGAAACAUAUUUGCAAGAUCGAAGUAUAACCGAUAAUCUAGACGAAAGUACUGAAUAUCAUCAAACAAAUAAAUCUAUCAAUGAUGAAUUAUUUCAUUCAGCAUCGCAUACAAAACAAUUAAAAUCAGAUCAAAACUUUUUAUCAAAAUCAAAUUCAUCAGUACUAAAAAAGAAAUCAAGUUAUCAACCAUUGACAGAUAUAACAAAAGACUCAAAUUCAUCAAAAUAUUAUCAUUCGGACAAAGGACGAAAAUAUUCAAAACAAUUAAAAUCGGCCUUAGUAAAACGAUCCCAUUCGGCGGCCGGUAUCUAUAACUUAUAUAGUACUGAAGAAGAUGAUUUAAGUCAUUCAGACAUUGAAACGCGUGUCACAGGCUCAUUUGAAAAUCUAAAUGAUUCAAAUGAACUCUAUUAUAAAGAUCGUUUAAGCUAUUUACAUUGGACACCUGAUCAUCAGCAUCAAUCACCUAAAAAUCAUUUAUAUCGUCAAGUUUUAUCGAAACAUAUUCGUCGUAGCCAUUCCGAAGAGAGCGUGCCAUUAAAUAAAAUCCCACCAGCAUCCUAUUAUUAUCGUCCACAAACUGCACCCUCGAGUGAUAAAUACGUGAACAUGGAUUUUCAAUAUCAAUCAAGUGAUAGAUCCCAACAUCGACGACAGCAACAGCACAUCUAUUAUAAUGAUAAUCGAUCAAGAAGAUCUGGUGAUUUCCCAUCAGCGUCUUAUCGUAGUUCAUUGUAUAUCCCGACAACAACACAAAAUAAUAAUCGAAUAUCGACUAGUAUUCCAUCGAGAACAAAUCAGCCUACUUUUGUUACAACAGGUCCGACAUCGACAAAUAUUUAUUCUUCAGCUGAUUUAGCACAAAGAAAUACUCACCGUUCACCACUAGUUACCAAAGGGCAACCAUUGCGUUCAAAAACGCACCGUCGUGGUAAUCGUCGACGAAUAGCUGUUCGGGGUGUUUUAUACGAAUCACAUGAUAACAGUUAUGAGUCUUCCAGUGGCACUGAUCUGAAUGAUACUGAUUAUGAAGCAUUGAUUGAAACAGUUGAAAGAGCUCGUGAAGUUCAAAAUCGAUCGUAUAAUUUGUCACGGCACAUUGGUAGACAAGUUAAACUCGUACUAGCUUCUUAA